AAAAUGAUGCUCUCAUCCAUAAACAACUCCUUCGAGCAGGACACCCACGACGCGGACGCCAACUGCGAUGGUCCCGACUUGGACUUCGUUUACUCCGAUGUGGAUGGCUACCAGAACGAGAUCGCCGAGCUCUACAGCUACACGGAAUUCAGCGAAUUCCAGAUGAACGUCAAAGCCUUCGAGGAUCAGAUGGAGCUGUACGAUCUGCCGCCCAACUGGCAGAAGCAGGACUCGGCCGCCCAGCGGGGCAUUGUGAUGAAGCUGGUGGACCAGCUGGAGGUCUCCGAUCGCUCCUUUCGCAUGCAGGCUGCCAGGUGUAUCCUUUAUCUCGCUCAAGGUUGCUGGGCGGAGGUUCAGUCGGAUGAGGAGCAGCACCAGAUCACCAGGGACAAUGUCCUGGUGCUCCACCAACUGGGCGUCUUUGCCUCGUUCAUCGACCUCCUGAACAUGGAGAUUGAGAGCGCCUGUUCACCGGACAUCGUGGCCGUUAAGAUCACCAAUGUCACGCUGGUGGACUCCACGGACAUCCGUGUGAUUCUCUCCGUGCUCUACAUUAUUACAGAAACCAUUCGGGAUGAAAAAGAGCGAGGCAGCGAGGAUUACAAGGAGCUGGCGGACUCUUUCGUCCAGGAGAUCAACUCACCACUGCCCGAUGGCGAACUCCUCGCCGUCAAGCUGCUGGGCAUGAUUACCCGGUUUUGUAGUGGCGCCGCCCCGCAGUUUCCCAUGAAGAAGGUCGUCCUGCUGCUGUGGAAGGUCUCGCUGCUCGGCUUGGGCGGCAUGGAUGUGCUCAAGAAUCUCAAGAAUGAGUAUAGGGUGAAGGUGGGCCUGGAUCCCAUCACCGAGGACACACUGGAGGUCACCAAGUGCAUGAGGGCCAGCUCGCCGCCGGCCACAGCCACCGAUAUACUGGAGAACCAGUAUCCGCGGAAGAACUUCAAACGCUCCCUGAUGAAGCAGCGCUUCCUGGACGAACCGGAGCAAAUCGACAUGGAGAUGGGCGGCAACGAGGGGCAGACAAAUGCCAACAAUGGCAGCGGCAAUGGAGGAAACGGAAGCGAGGAGGAGCUCUCCCAGUACUACAGGCCCUACGACGAUCCCUCAUCCUCCUCCUCGACCACCUCGACGGCCAAUCCGAACAACCAGCCCAGCGCAACACAGCCGCCGGCUGCUGUGCCGCCCGUGCAGAUCACUGCCCGCCUGCCGUGGACGCCCAAGGUGCGGCAGAAGGACAUCGAUCAGUUUCUGGAUAUAUCAAGAAAUAAAUUCAUCGGGUAUUCCCUAAUUGGCGAUCAUGAGAGUCUGGCUGGACUGCCACAACCCAUUCACGAGGGCUUCAAGACGCUGCAGCGGCACAUGUACAUGAGCCUCGCCGAUGUGCAGAUCAAGAAGGAGGAGGAUAUAGCCCGGAAUCCGAUUUCCACGCACGAGGACGAGAUUAAAAUGACGCCAGCGGAGGUUCUCUACCAGGCCAUUCUGCCCAACCUGCCACAGUAUAUGAUUGCCUUGCUCAAAGUCCUUCUGGCCGCUUCGCCCACUUCAAAGUCCAAGACGGAGAGCAUCAACAUAAUGGCCGAUGUGCUGCCCAAGAAGAUGCCGCUGACGGCCACUCAGUCGACCAAACUCACAGUGGAUAUGGGUCGCCACAAGGAGAUCAUUGUGAAGGCCGUUUCGGCCAUUAUUCUGCUUUAUCUCAAGCACUUUAAAAUCAACCAUGUCUAUCAGUUUGAGUUCAUGUCGCAGCAUUUGGUUUUCGCCAAUUGCAUACCGCUCGUAUUGAAGUUCUUUAAUCAGACAAUCACCGAGUAUGUGAACACCAAGAACUCUAUUCCCCUGCUGGAUUUCCCGUCGUGUGUGAUUGGCGAGCAGCCGGAUUUGAGUGGCGAUAGCUUUGUUUACGGCGGCGAGAUGUCCGAUAAGCCUUACUCCUGGCGGAAUGUCUUUUCCUGCAUUAAUCUGCUACGCAUUUUGAACAAACUCAUCAAGUGGAAGCACUCGCGAGUGAUGAUGCUGGUGGUGUUUAAAUCGGCACCGAUAUUGAAGAAAACCCUGAAGGUUCGCCACGCCAUGAUGCAGCUGUAUGUCUUGAAGCUCCUCAAGAUGCAAACGAAAUACUUGGGUCGCCAGUGGCGCAAGUCGAACAUGAAGACCAUGAGUGCAAUUUACGCUAAGGUGCGGCAUCGUCUGAACGACGACUGGGCCUUUGGCAAUGAUCUGGAGUCGCGUCCCUGGGAUUUCCAGGCGGAGGAGUGCACUUUGCGUGCCUGCGUGGAUCGAUUCAACCUGCGACGAUAUCCGGAGGCCACCCAAAAGUGUGGAAACAAUGGGACAGCCGCCCAGAAUGCGGAGAAUGCCCAGCAAUCCAAUAUGAUGGCGGGCAACAAUGGCUGUGGCAAUAAUGGCGAUGCCAAUGGGUAUGGAAACAACGGAGGCGGCGGCGGCAAUAACGGCCACAAUCAACAGCAGCAGCAGCUCAACGAUUAUGGCGUGGAGGGCGGCUUCCCCAGCGACGAGAUCCUCACCCACUCGGACUUUGCCUUCUUUGGCCACUCGGGCUGGUGGGAUCGCAAGGUCGAGCUGACGGACUACUUCAAGGCCAACUAUGCGGUUUGGCUGGAGGAGGAGGUCUACAACAGUCAGACCGACUGGGAUGCCCUCUAGGAAAGAGCAGCCAAGGCUGCUGCUCGAUCGAUCACGCAUCAUAUAAGCAAAAAGUUAUUACCUUAAUUGUAAGCAUUAAGAAGUACAUUGAUAUAAUCCAUGUAGCCCGACCACCACGAUUGGAACACCAACUACUUACUGAAUUGGCAAUAAAUUGGCAGGCCUCCGCUCCCCUUCAACUAACUAAACCCCCAUGGCGAUGACAACAGCAAGCCUGUAUAUUUAACGAAUGUAUUUUAUAAUUUAUAUAUUUAUUACUAUUAUUUUCGUCCUGUUCCACGAGUCCCGUGUUAAAACGGAUCGCGGCAAUUGGCUUCUGUAGCGGAAUAAACAAAUUAACUAGUUCGAAAUGCGGUUAAAUGUCUGUUUAUUCGUACAUACAUACAUGUGUGUUUUGUUUCGCACAAGAAAAAAUAUAUAAUUCUAUUAGGUGAUAGUCUUAGAAGCUAGGUUUAAAUUUCGUAAAUAUACACUACGUUAUUUACAAGGUAUAUAUAAAUAUCCAUUAUAUAGUACAAUAACUUUUCGACUCCAUUAAAAAAACGCCCCACACACCGAAUGCCUCGUUGGGGUUUUUGCAAAAAUUCCAUGACGUAAAUAGUAAACAAUACAAGUGUAAUAGUUAGCACAGCUAAAUAUGAAUUCCUGAACCGAGUUUCUUCAUUUCACAAUCUGGUUACAAGAUUCUCUGCGAUAGAGAGAGACCAUGUCACCCAAUAAUAACUAUCUUAAUACGAAAUAAAGACUAACUAAUGAAA